CACUCGUCCGGUUCGGUUGCUUGUCCGUUUCGUUCCCGUUCCGUUCGUCGCCUGUACGGUUCAAAAUCCUGCCAGUCGCGCGAGAAUCAGCUGCUAACAAGCUGGAAAGGGAGGAAAAGCCCUCCUCGAAGCGAACAGUGGAUAUAAACAGUUUGGGCUCCCGCUCUCUCAGUCUUCGACGUCAUUCGAGCUGCUCACCAAUACAAAGAACCGAGUGAAAAAGGAUAUCGUCGGAGGGGGUGGUGGCCUGGUGAGCGCCAUCUGUUGUCACACGGCCAACUAGGGAGACCUCAGUCUGAGCGGAGAUCGAACGGAUGGCGGCUGCAAAGCGUUUCAAGCUGCAGCAGGCUUUGGGUUUUUCGUGAAAUCUGGUCAAACGCGAGCAAAUAAAAAGUCUGCGAACUAGAUUAGGCUCGUUAGUGCUGGAUUAGUGCUGCAGGUCGGGUUUUCCAGACCUUUACAGCCGGCCGGGAUUAAGUGUCGAGUGCUGAAAAAGUCCUGCCGGAUGGGUCUGGCGAAAAAUCAAUUUUUCCUGCCAGCGAUUCCCGGUCUGGGUGUGGAAAAUCUAUCGUUUUCCCCAAGCUAGCGUGAAAAUCGGUGUCUAUCUGCUAAAAUAGUGUGCAUAAAAGCGUGGAAAAUAUCUUUUCAUUGAAGAAAAUAUGUCUUCAAAGUGAGAAGAAAAAAAAUUGUAGCCCCACAUGAAAAAGGUGUGGUGCGUCGUGGUUUGUGUGUUGUUGUUGCUGUCGUGAAAAGUCAGUGCAGGGAAAAAAAAGUUUUUUCACCCCGCGACAAGUCGGGAAAAGGCGAAGGAUACGCGGAAAAGAGAGUUUGAUUGUGGUGGUGGUGGUGGUUUCGGGAUCGAGAGAGAGAGAGAUUAGAGUAUCGGGCUCUCCGUUGUUUACGCACCCGAAGCACGAAGCAAACGCACAAAUACAUCUGCCGAAAGGAGAUUAGCACAUCUGCGAGGAUUGUCGCCAGGAUAGAAGGAGGAGGAGGAGAAGGAUACACAACGUGAUCCUGGGACCUGUUUGGAAGAUUUGAGAAAGCAGUUUUCGGGGAAAGAUAUCGGAAAAAUGGCUGGUGUUCCAGUUUUUCUUGAGGGCCGCGUCGGCUCGACCCCGGACAAGGGCGUCCCGGACAUGACCUGCAUCUCGGACAUUGACGAGAACGGAAUCAACCACAACCUGAAAGUGCGCUACGAGCGGGACCAGAUUUAUACCUACACAGGAUCGAUUCUAGUUGCCGUCAAUCCGUACAAGGAAAUCGAGUGCUACACACAGGAAUAUGUCUCCAGGUAUCACGGGCAGAAGCUUGGUCUGUUGGAACCUCACGUAUUUGCCCUCGCAGAAGCGGCCUACAGGAACCUCCGGGACAACGGUGCCAACCAGUCCUGCGUUAUCUCUGGCGAGUCCGGAGCAGGAAAGACAGAAACUACCAAAUUUAUCCUGCAAUACCUUUGCUCGGUGACGUGCGAUGUGUCGACCUGGGUGCAGCAGCAGAUCCUCGAGGCAAACACGAUCCUGGAGGCGUUUGGAAAUGCCAAAACAGUCCGAAAUGACAACAGCUCCCGCUUUGGCAAGUUCAUGCAAGUCUGUUUCGACUCUAAAUGGGCCAUCCGGGGUUGUAUCAUUCAGGACUACCUGCUGGAACAGUCCCGGAUAACGUUCCAGAGCCCUGGCGAGCGGAACUACCACGUCCUGUACCAGUUGGUGGCCGAGGGCAGGAACAACAAGGAACUGGCCACGUCGCUACACUUGAAGGACUGCCCCUUCUAUCGGUAUCUCAAUUCUUCCGGGUCUUCGGACCAAGCCAUCAUGGACGUCCAGGCGGAGUCGAAAAAGUUCGAAGCACUCCGGCUGGCGUUCAACGUCCUGCAGAUCUCGCAACCGUUGAUCGACGGGAUCUUCAAGGUGCUAAGUGCCAUACUGUGGUUAGGAAAUCUGGACUUUGCCGACAUCGAUGGCGAGCGGUGUGAGCUUGCGGAAGGUGAUCGCGAGAUCGUCACCAUCGUAGCGGAUCUGCUCGGGCUGCAGGACAGCGAUCUGGAGCAGGUCUUCCUUAAACGGCAAAUCAACGUGCGUGGAAACAUCACGGAAAUCCCGCUUAAGCUGCAAGAAGCUCGCGAGAACCGACACGCCAUGGCCAAGGCCCUGUACUCGCGCACCUUUGCCUGGCUGAUCAGCCACAUCAACACGUGCAUCAACCCGGGCCAGGACGCGUCGCUGUUCCUGGGCGUGCUGGACAUCUUCGGGUUCGAGAACUUCAACACCAACUCGUUCGAGCAGCUGUGCAUCAACUACACGAACGAGAAGUUGCACAAAUUCUUCAACCACUACGUGUUUGCACUGGAGCAAGAGAUUUACCGCCAGGAAGAGAUCAAGUUUUCGCACAUCCAGUUCACGGACAAUACCCAGUGUCUGGAACUGAUCGAGAAGCCACCACGGUGCAUCCUCAAGCUGCUCACGGAGCAAUGCCACAUGCCAAAGGGAUCCGAUACGGCGUAUCUGACGAAUCUGCACGCGGAAUUCGAGAGCCACGCACGCUUUGUCAAGGGUCAGGACCGGCGUCACUGGGAGUCGGAGUUUGGUAUCCGGCAUUACGCGGGUUGUGUGAGCUACACGGUGAAGGGUUUCGUCGACAAGAACCGGGACGUGCAGCAGGACGUGCUGUUUGAUCACAUGAGUCGAAGUUCGAAUACGUUUGUGCAGGAGAUUGCGUCGUUUCAGGAUCUGCUGUCGAUACAGCAGGUGCAGAGCGCUUCGACUGUGGGAACGGUAUCGAGGGGUACUUCGAAGGGGAAGUUGACGGUGAGCGAUACGUUCCGACAGCAGCUGCAAGCGCUGGUUGAUGUGCUGCAGAGCACGACUCCGUGGUACGUGAGAUGUAUCAAGCCAAACGCCGAGAAACUGCCAAACGACUACAAUGAUCAGCUGGUGCUGGAUCAGCUGAGGUACUUGGGAAUGCUGGACAUUAUCCGAAUUCGGCGGGAAGGUUUCCCAGUACAUUUGACGUUCGACGACUUUGUUCAGAAGUAUCAGUGUUUGGCGAAGCGAUUCCGUAACAUGACCAGCAAGGAUCAAGCACUAGCCGUCAUCCGCGAGUUGAACGUGCCAAACACGGAGUGGCAAAUGGGCAAAACCAAAGUAUUUCUGAGGAACGUGGUGCACGAACCGCUGGAGGACGCCCGCAAGCAAAUCAACCACACGAAGGCGCUGGUCAUCCAGAGCAACUGGAAGCGGUUCGCACAGCAGCGCAACUUCCGGAAGAUGCGAUCGGCCGCGUUGAAGAUCCAGCACGCGUACAAGGGCUGGAAGCUGCGGAUAGAGUUCCUGAAGAAACGCCGAGCAGCGAUCGUCAUUCAGAGCCAUUUGCGUGGGGUAUUUGCCCGGGAAGUGGCCACCGCCCUGCGGGAGAUGCGCCGCGUUGACGAAGAGAUGCGCAAGCGGGAACGGCUCGAAGCGGAACGGAAGGAGCGGGAAGCGGCCCAAGCGGAGGCGGACCGGAAGGCGCUGGAGGAGAGUGAGAGGGUCGCUAAGGAAGAGAUCCUCGCGCUGUCCCAGAUGGCUGAGCAGAUUAACUCGAAGCUGCACUCGCAGCAGCAGCAGCAUGCCGCUAAUAACAACAACAACAAUGCCAACCAAAUCAACAAUAACAAUAAGGGCAAGGACCGUCCGGAGGUCAACGGAGGUGACGGCGGAGGUUCGCCGGCACCGGCCGGAAUUGCCUCGGCAAACCACGCCCACCAGCAGAGCAACGAAUCGGUCGACCUUGACAAUCUGUUCGCCUUCCUCAGCGAGGUUCAGCCUAACGGGGCCAACUCGAAUGCCAUCAUUGACGAGAUCGGCGAAAAGAUGGACAACCUGGUCGAGGACCUGGACGUGGAGCUGGAAUCGGUGAUCCAGCAGGAGAUUGAAGGUCUGACAAGUGAACGUAACAAUAAUAUUAGCGGAAAGUCGGCCAUCUUGAAUGGCGCGAACAAUAACAACAACAACACUAUGCUGGGCAAUAAGCCGACCACACCGAAACCGAUGGGAGUGCCCUCCCUACCGGAACCGACGAUGCCACCCCCACCGAUCCCAACGGAAAACAACAACAGUGCACUGCCACCGCCGAGUGCGGCCUCGGUUCCGUCCUCGCUGGACCACCAUCACAUGCGCCACAACAGAGAAGAACCUAUCUACGAAGCGGUCAUCCACCUAAAGGAGCUUCCACCGCCCCCCGAAAUCCACGAAAAGGUCCCACCAGUACCGCAGCAUACGCUGUCAGCUACACAAUCUCAUUCGGCCACGCUGCAACACCAGCAACAACAGCUGGCGGCUGCUCAACAACAACAGUUACAACAACAACUUCAACAACAGCAACAACAAAGUAAUCAUGCACCUCCUCCACCGCCACAUGCCCAUGGAGUGAUCCACCAACCGAUGCAGCAACCUCAGACACUGCUGGAGAACGGAACCGCUGGUCACAAGCUCAGACCGAAGAGUCCGGCCGUGAUCCGAUCGGCAAGUCCGAUACAACGAGGCACCACCGGAGGACCCAUGAGCCCUUCAUCGCCAAAGCACAGUCGACCAAACUCGCGAGCCUCCUCGACCGGUGCCGGCCAUCCGUUUGCGGAGCGCGAGCAGCGCCGGAAGUAUCGCGUCGAGAAGAAGCUCCAGGAGAUGCAACAGAUGGACAUUACGGAGCGCGAGAAGGAGCUGCUGCGGGAUGACGUUUACCACGACAUUCUGGAGUUUGCCGAAAGCUACUACAACACGCACGAACGAUCGCCGGAAGGGACGAUCAUGGCCACACUGACGCGCAAGGGUCGCAAGUCUGUGGACAUGGUCCCCAAGUACGAAAUGAUCACGUACUAUCGAGGAAACACGAUCCCGUCGUCCCACAUCCACAUGUACGACCCGGAAAACGUGACCAUUGCGUGCAACAUAUUCAGGGAUCUCUGCAAGUACAUCCGCGGAGAGCUAAACAACGAGCGUGAGCUGCAGGUCAUCCAGUUCAUCAUCGGGCAAGGUAUCGAACGUGAAGAACUACGAGACGAGAUCUUCGUGCAGUGCAUGCGGCAGGCAACGAACAACCCAAGUGUGGAGUGGACCGACCGGGUUUGGUUGCUGCUCUGCCUCACCAUUGUGGCGUUCCAGCCUAGCAAGCUACUGUUCCGGUACUUUUGCAGCUUUCUGAAGAAGAACCUCGAAACGCUCGAAGGUAAGCUGCGUCAGUACGUGCAGUGGUGUCUGGACAACUGCAAGAACACCAAGGUUCGCUGCCGGCAGUACGCACCCUCCAGCGUAGAGAUUGCGGCUAUGCGUCGACUCGGUACCAUUGUGUGUCGAUUCUUCUUCCUGGAUGGACGCACCAAGGCGAUCGACGUACACCCGACGGAUACCGCUAGCGACGCGGUAGCUAAGCUGGCGGAGAAGCUCGGUCUGUGCAAUAUUGAGGGGUGGGCGAUCUAUCAAUCGCGGCCGGAUGGCGAAGAGCACGUCAAGUCGCACGACUAUCUGUACGACAUUAUAGCCGCUUGGGAAAGCAAGCAAACGAAGAUUCAUGCCGGAAGCUCGACGCUGCGAAAGAACGCGACGACACUCGGUUCGGGCGAGAACCGGUUUGUGUUCAAGAAGCGCCUGUUCAAGAGUACCCGCGAGCUGUCGCAGGAUCCGGUCGAGGUGAACAUGCUGUACGCGCAGGCCGUUUACAGCGUUGUCAAGUGCGACGAUUUCCCGGUCUCUGAGAAAGUUGCGCUCCAGCUUGCUGGAUUACAAGCCCAGGUAGCCCUGGGUGAUCCGUCAAACCAGCCCAAGCCUGAGUAUUACUCGGAUGUGGCUAGUUUCUUGCCGGAGCGCAUCUCAAGUUGCCGUGAGGAGCAGUUUUGGGUGCCGAUCUUGGCCCAGGCCCACCGCCAGUACGGUUCCGGCCGUACGGAACUAACCGCUAAGGUCUUGUAUCUUUCUUGCGUGAUGCAAUAUCCAUUGUACGGUACCACCAUGUUCCCUGUAUCGUAUCGAGGCUAUUGGAGCUACGGGAAUAGUCUGAUCCUCGGCGUCAACUGCGAGGGGAUCAUUCUGAUCAAACCGGAUGACAAGUUUGUGCUGUACGAGUUUCGUUACAGCGAAAUCGAGUCGAUCAUGCUAGACCCGAGCGAUAGCUUCAUUACGAUCAGUCUGAACCGCCAUACAAGCACAACGACAACCGCCGACCAGCAGCGAUGCUUCGUGUUCGAAACGUCGCAGAAGAACGAGAUCGGUUCGCUGAUCGUGUCCUACUUCCCGGCGCUCUCGAACUGGAUCACCGAAAACGAGGUGCCCCCGAAGAAAAGUAAGGGAAUCACCAACGAAGAUCGGGUCCGGUUGCAUCACAAUGUGGUUGUAUGUCGGCGACACUUGGUGGAUGCGGAAAUUCUGCGAAAGCCUCAAGACCCUAGCGGUGGCUUUUUGCGAAACACGCUGCGUCGACUGUCCAAGCAUCGGUUGGAGAAGCUCCGUGCGGAGCAUGGUCACGGAUCGGUGCACGAUCAUGGUGAAACAUACAAGGGCUUCCCGCACGCUUACUGGGCGUUCAGUCGGCAAGCCCUGCCCCAGAGUCUCAGCAAGAUUCCAGACCAGGAAGAACAGGCCAUGAUACAGGUGUUCAACUCCAUUCUGACGUACGCUGGACUGGGACAAAACGGAGAAACCGUCCAACGGGCCGAAGACGAGCACAUAACCUUAAUUCAAUCCAUUAUGGAUCGCUGCAUGCGCAAGGAGUCGCUCCUGAACGAGCUUUACCUGCAGUUGAUCAAGCAAACCACAGACCACCCGGAUCCAAAUCGCGUCAACCUGCGUCACUGGGCACUGCUCUCGCUGGCCUGCAGUGUCAUCCUGCCACCCCAGAAGGUGGUCCGUAAGUAUCUCAUUGGUCACCUGAAGCGCUGCGCUAGCGAUUUCAUCACCGAGGAGGGCAAGUACGCCCGGUUUGCGGAGAAGUGCUUCUUCAAAACGCAGGGAACGCGCCGAAGACAGUGGCCUCCGAGCCGGGAGGAAAUUGUUUGCACAAUCAACAGGCGGCCGAUCUACGCACGGUUCCACUUUAUGGACGGACAGUACCAUUCGGUAGAGUUCCACCCUAGUUCGACCUCCCGUGAGGUUAUGGAGAUCGUCAAAAAGAAGAUCGGACUGCAGGAGAACGCACAAGGUUACGCCAUCUAUGAGGUGCUGGGAGCGUCCGAGCGAAGUCUGUUGCCGGAUGAAAAGGUUGCGGACGUGAUGUCCAAGUGGGAGAAGUACCGAACGGCGGCAGCUCAAGCCGUGCAGCAGAAUCAGAGCAGUUCAAAUCUGGCACCCGCUUGCCGUCGACAACAUCAUUUGUUCCUGUUCAAGAAGCAUCUGUUCUGCGAUCAGUACAUGAACUUAGACGAUCCAGUUGAGAAAGAGCUGCUGUACCAUCAAGUUCUGCACGGGCUGAGGACCGAGCGGUUCCCGAUUUCGGAAAUGGAAGCGGUCAUGCUGACUGCUCUUCAAGGUCAGUUAGAACUGGGUGACUGUUCGGAGGUGGUUCAAGAUUACCGAGCGAUUGCUGCACACUGUCUUCCACCGCGGUUUGUUCCCAACAUUCCGCACGAAGGUGUGGCCAUGCACCACCAGAGUCUACGUGGCAUGACAUCGGCUGAAGCCAAAAAGUCCUUCCUGAACUUGAUUCAGAGUUGGCCCCUUCACAAAGCUACCAUCUUUGACGUAAUGCAGUCAUUCACAUCCAACUGGCCGCGGAUAUUGUGGCUUGCUGUGGAUCAAAAGGGUCUCCAUCUGCUGGAACAUCGGUCACGCAAUACGCUGUGCACGUACGAGUAUCAGUCAAUACUGUCCUUCUCGCCGAACAUGAACUGCCUGAUGAUCAUCACCGGAUCGGACAAGAAGCAGUCCAAGGUGAUUUUGACAACGGCACAGGCCUUCCAAAUUGCCAAUUUAAUCCGGGAGUACAUGGAAGUGAUGAACAGCAACGCCCAGCUAAGUGACGACUCCCAGAAGGAGAACACCAACAACGGAAACGUCAUGGGAGCGGGGGCUCCUGGAGUUCCGCACGUUCCACCCCACCACAAUCAGCCACUUCCACCGCCGCACGGUGCCGUGCAACAGCCGGACUUGCGGAAGGGCCCUGGUGGAGGCCAACGGCCUCCAUCCAUGGUGCUGCGCCAGUCCAAUGCGGCUUUGGUAGCGCCCCAGCCCAGUUAAUUGCGCGCAAGCUUCAAGUCACAGUGGAUGUCGGAAGCGCAGACAAACAGACGACUUUUGAGAUUUGCUCGUUUUCGGAUGCGUUUAGAAAUUCGUUCUUACAGGCCAAAACUUUUACCAUGAUUUUCACUGAAAAUACAAAAUAAAAACUUGUCAAAUGGACACGCUUAAUUACAUUUGCUCGACAUUUGAUUUCAACCCAAUUAAUAUUUCUGUUUUAUCAGCGUUGCUAAUAAAAUUGAAACAAAAAAAAUCUCAUGACUGUCAAAAACAAUUUGAUUUUGAACGCGUCUGUUUGUUUGCGCUACAGAAAGUAGAUAAAACAUGGCAAAAACAUAAAAAUAAUCAAAUGUAUGUUAAAAUAACUGUAAAUGACGGUGUGAAAGUUUGCAGAUUGAGUGGGCGUGUGCGUGAAAGAAAUGCUGCUGUGUUGGUGGCGAACACUGUUACGAUGACGGAACUUCCAAUGGAUCUCAGAUGAAUGCAAAUCAAAACAUUUCCGCUAAUCAUCAAUAUCAGGCGAAUCAAAUAGUAGUAUCAUGCUUAACAGAAUAUAAACAGAAAUAAUCAAAUGCAGAGACUAACCGAGAGUAAAUUUGUAAGUUUUGGUUGCAAUAAAAAAAAUCCAGAUCGAAUCGCUACUAGCAAAAAGAUGUAGUUCAAAUUUUUCGUCGAGAAGCUUCCGUUUGUUAACCGAAUCAAAAACACGGAAAUAGUUAAAUCGAAUCUCUAGGUUUGCGAGCUUCGGAGAUCUCAGCUUAUCGCGAAGAAAUUUGCUCACACGGACAAAGAGAUGUAACUUCAACUAAGCUUGUUAAAACACACACACACAAAUAGUAUUUAAAAGAGCAGUUGUUUCCAGCCGUAGAAACCCCCACUCCCUCUCUAGAUUUAAACAGUUCUAACAAAUCUCACUCCUGUAUUCGUCUAUCGUUUUAUUAUGCUUUAUUUUAUUUUAUUUUUUGUUAAAAUUUUAUCAACAAUUCUCACACUGUUUCGUGAAUUGUUUGGGACUCAGGCCAUUUUAAGUGUUAAAAAAAAACUAGUACCUUAAUCUUAAUUCGCUCUCUUCCUGUCUAUUGGGUCACUUCUCCUCUCUUCCUCUUGUACCAAAAUUGUGUGAUAUGAGCCGUGCUAGCACGAGAGAGCAUGAUGCAGAAAACACGCAGAAUAGUAUAUUUAGGAUUGUUCCGUUAGAUUGAUUAAAAAUACAAAAAAAAAACUGCAAUAAGUUCUGCGAUUGUUUUUAGGGGACACUUUAUAUUACAAUUCGUAUUAUAUACAUAGAUUUACAUGUGUAAACCGAUAUAUUAUUUAUAUACCGUUUAUUUAUUUUUUAUUUAGAAAGAAUGACAUACACACUCAUUAAGAUAAGGUAAUCGGCCAUAAUAGGUUGUCUCGAUGAUUUUUACAGCAAAAUAUUAUUAACAUAUAGCCAUGUAUGAACUACUGAUUACACCGAUUUUUAAAACUUUACGAAACCCCGCUUUUAACAUUGACUAUUAACUCACUUUUCUAACAACUUCGUGAAAGUUUGACUUUUAUUUGCCUACCAGUACAUUUAAAGCGAACCAACGUGUUUAUAAUACAAAGAAUCUAUAUAUUAAACUAACACACAAAAAAACAAACUAUUGAAAAUGGUUGAAAGUAAAUAUUGAAUAGUUAAGCGAAUCAAAUACGUUAAUCUGAAAACCAGAAACAAAAUACAAAUAUGCCUAACACGAAUAAAAUAACUGUCGGAUAAUUCGUUUCCGAACAGGAAGCAAAUAUUAAAAAAAAACGAUAUAAAAAUAAAACAAAGAGACGCUAGUCAAAUGAUGAGAUAAGGUUACUUUUCUAGUGAAUUGCUACCAAAUAAAAAGCUCGAACAAGCAACAAACAACCUGUAGGCCAAUAACUCUCACUUGUCUCUGCUCUUUCCUUUGCGUAAAUUUCACUUCAAAAAGCGUACAGAAACCAAUAGAUAAAAUCACAUGUUAAAUAUUUGUCAAAAGCAGCAGCGUGCGCAUUGCGCGUUUCAACGAGGUUGAUGAAUGAAGAGUCUGGUUUUCUGUUUGAGGAAAUCGAAAAUAUGUAGGAAACGACAGAGAAUGAAAAAAAAAUAAAUAAAUAAAUUGAAACGAUCUGUGUCACGGAAUCUUACAGAAUAAAUGAAGGAUUACUGAAAUAUUAA